UUUGUGAGCACGUAUGAAUUGAUGCAUGGGAGAUGCAUGACCCCGCAGGACCGGCACCCACGACCAACACAUCGCUUAAGAAAGUGGAAUAGUAAUCGCCCUCGGGCUGCACGGAACUGAGUUGCGAGAACGAGGUAUUGGUGGAGUUGUGGGAAUGGGAUGAUUCCGAGGUUGCUGUGCUAGGAGUGGUGAGGCCUGGAGCCAUCUUGACGGCCUUGUGAUGAUUGGAGGAGCUGUCGGGCGUUGAGCGCUUCAUGAUGGACCAGAAAGACGGGGCCAUUCUAUAAGACGGUUGGCCUCUGGCAGGUCGACUGACACGGAAUGUCGGAGGUUGGAGGCGUGGCGCCGAAGAUGGAAAAUGGGGGUGAGGUGGACAGACGUGGUCGCUCGAGAGUGAUGAUGGCGCCCAUUUUCAACCGCUGCGCUUCAGACAAAGGGUCCCACCUCCUGUGUGAGGAGGCGAACAUUUUGCUGUAAAAUUUUGCUGGCAAUGGGGUGAUUCAGGUCGAGUGCAUUCUGGCUCUUGUGACGGACGGAGCGUCGUGCUCACAGUGUGAGGAAGUGAAUCGGCCCUGGCUCGUGCACUGCCGGCCACCCCCACCUUUCCUCUCGCGGCAAUUGUCUUGGCAGAUGGUCCGUGCGGCGUACCGUCCUGAAAUCCAUCCAUCCACCCAUCCAUCUGUCCAUCUGUCCAUCCCAUCCCCAGUCGGCCAGGUUCAGCAUCUCCCAUUGCCUUGGGCUCACCAUGACAAGCUCCCAACAACAGCGUCGAUCCAUAUCAUGAAUCCGUAUCUGCGCCUUAUCGUGGGUCCAUCCUUAGUAAUCUGGUCAAGUUCCUCAGCGUGCGUCUCGUGUUGCAAGUCGACCGUUUCUAACCUUCGCUACCCUGGAGCGCAAUAUAUCAUCCCAUGUAUCAUUAAUACUCGAUUGAUACAUUCUACCCCCUGCGUUCUAUAAUUUUACUUCUUGUCCAUUGCUUUUUACGGCUAAACAUGAACACAAUGUCUGUCCCUUCAGAGCCUCAAUGGCUGCCAACAGUCCGUCGAAAGCGCCAGCUCCGCGACGACGCCAUCCAACUAUGGUCCGCAACCCACAACAGGAACUCUCCAAACGUGACAUCCAAUGAGACGACAAGGCUCGAUAAUACUGACGAGAUUCUUCACGCUAUUUCAUCCAACGCUGUGACCGCUACUGAUCUCUGUGAGGCCUAUAUUUCGCGGGCUGUUACGGCACACCAAAAGACGAAUUGCCUCACCGAGAUCUUCUUCGAUGAUGCUUGCAAACGUGCCGGGGAGUUGGAUCAGUUUUUCAAAGACCAUGGUAGAUUGGUGGGGCCGCUGCAUGGUGUUCCCAUGACGCUGAAAGAUCAAUUCGACGUUGCAGGCUAUGACAGCACCCUGGGAUAUGUCGGGCGUGCGUUCAAACAAACAUCGGAAGAUUGUGUCCUCGUGGCUCUCCUGAGACAGAUGGGCGCCGUUAUUAUUGCCAAGUCAAAUCUCCCACAGAGCAUCAUGUGGUGCGAAACGGAAAAUCCCCUUUGGGGGUUGACUGUACAUCCAGAAAACCCCGAUUUUACGCCUGGAGGAUCAACGGGCGGCGAAGGAGUGCUUCUUGCCUUGCGAGGAUCGGCUGUGGGCUGGGGCACAGACAUUGGUGGGAGCAUACGAAUACCGUCCCAUAUGCUAGGUCUAUACGGCUUGAAGCCGAGUAGCACCCGACUUCCAUACCAAGGUGUAUCUGUAUCUACCGAUGGUCAAGAGCAUAUACCCUCGGUGAUUGGUCCUAUGAGCCGCAAUCUCUCUUCUCUCGUCGCCGCUACCAAAGCUGUCAUCGACGCUCAGCCCUGGACCCUUGACCCCAAAUGCUGCCCCCUCCCAUGGCGCCAGGACCUCUUCACCAGUGUUCAGUCUCGCCCUAUGGUGAUAGCCAUUAUGCGCGACGAUGGCGUCGUGAAGCUGCAUCCACCUGUAGCUAGGGUGCUGGAAGAAGUCGUGAGCAAGCUCGAAAAGGCCGGCCACGAGCUAGUACCUUGGACGCCUGGUACUCUCCACCAGGAAAUAAUCGAUGUCAUGGAUGCCUACUACACAGCGGAUGGCGGCGAAGACAUCAAACGCGAUGUUUGCGCCGGCGGUGAACCGUUCAUCCCACACGUAGAAGCCCUCGUCAAUAAAGGCCAGCCCAUAUCCGUGUACCAGUACUGGCAACUCAACAAGCGCAAAGUCGCUCUUCAGAAGCGCUUUCUCGAUCUCUGGAACGCGACUCAGUCACUCCAACAUCAAGGUAAACCGAUUGACAUCCUCCUCGCCCCUGUGAUGCCGCAUUCGGCUGUGCCUCAUCGAACUUGCCGUUGGGUAGGGUAUACGAAGGUGUUCAAUGUAGUGGAUUAUCCAUCAGUAGUAUUGCCUGCUGGCCGCGUGGAGAAAGGGCGCGAUGGCGAUGCGGCAAGGGAUAUGGCUAGCUAUACCCCGCGUAAUGCUCUAGACCAGUGGAAUUGGAAGAACUUUGAUCUAGAGCGCAUGAAUGGGAUGCCGAUUGGGGUGCAGGUUGUCGCGAGACGGUUGGAAGAGGAGAAAGCGCUCGGGGCCGCGGGGGUAGUGGAGAAGUUGUUGAAGGAACCAUGCGCCAGCUGGGACGACGAUUGCUACCACCAUCGACUUCCUUCCGCUAAACCAACCUAUCGGUGCCAUAUACAUCUACUAUCAAAUUCUGCGACAGCAUCCACGCACAGCACGACAAUGGGCAAGAAACGCGUUCUCGUAAGCUACGGCGUAGACAUCGACGCCGUAGCCGGCUGGCUAGGAUCCUACGGCGGCGAAGAUUCCACCUCGGACAUCAGCCGCGGACUCUGGGCCGGCACAGUCGGUACCCAGCGUCUUCUCAAACUAUUCGACAAAUACAACAUCAAAGCGACGUGGUUUAUCCCCGGGCACAGCCUCGAAACCUUCCCCGAGGACUGCGCAGCCGUCCGCGACGCGGGCCACGAGAUCGGAUUGCACGGGUACUCGCACGAAAACCCCGUCGACAUGACCUUCGAGCAACAACGCGACGUCCUCGAUAAAACGUACAAAAUGCUGACCAAGUUCUGCAACGGCAAACCACCUCGCGGCAGUGUUGCGCCGUGGUGGGAGACGUCGAAGGAAGGAUGCGAGCUAUUGCUCAGCUACGGCAUCGAGUACGAUCACAGCAUGUCGCAUGAAGACCAUCGCUGCUACUGGCUACGCACUGGCGACAGCUGGACCAAGAUCGACUACUCCCAGAAAGCGGAGACGUGGAUGAAGCCGCUGGUCAAAGGCGAGGAAACGGGUCUCGUGGAGAUCCCCGGGAGUUGGUAUAUUGACGAUCUCCCACCCAUGAUGUUCAUGAAGAAGUCUGCAAACUCACACGGCUGGGUAAAUCCUAGGGACGUCGAGGCGAUAUGGAUGGAUCAUUUCGAUUACUUUUAUCGCGAGUACGAUGAGUUUGUCUUCCCCAUGACCAUCCAUCCCGAUGUUUCGGGACGCCCGCACGUGCUCUUGAUGCAUGAGAGGAUCAUCGAGCACAUCAAUAAACACGAGGGGGUAGAGUGGGUGACGAUGGAGCAGAUGGCAGAUGAUUUUAAAAAGAACAACAAGGUGCCUGAAGGGGCGAAGAUGCCGGCGCCACCGGGGGAGAUUUUGAAGAAGCAGCAGGACGGCACAGCUUAUAAUCCAGGCUUCUAGGGCUCUUUCAUCCAUCACAAUAUUGUUUUGAUUGAUCGUCUUGUAUUCCAUGAGUGUUUAUGCUGUCGGUGACUUGUUUUCUUGUUCAAGUGUUGACGAAUCUAACAUUGUUUGUUUCUCCAUCCCCAGUUCGGUCCUUUGCUCCUUACAUAUUGCCUGCUGUAAUUAUCAUCGCUCGAAUCCAAAAAAAAUCCAGAACGAACUGUAGCAAGGCGACCUGUGUCUCACAAGAGGCCAGUCGCACCCUUCUCCCCAUCUUCAUCCCUCCGAACUCCCCGCAUAUCGAUUCCGACCGUCCCGAACGGCUUCCGAAAGCCCAACCAAUCACAAGCCAGCUUGCCCCGCGGGGAUGAGAUUACGACCACCCACCCCCAUUCUUGCCCUUCACACCUCACCAUCCACUUAUGCAUCGCUGUCAUCAAUCACCCUUCCAUCUCAUCCAUCCUAUCCCUGCGGAUUCUUCCCCAUCUUCGAUUUCCACGCUUCCGGGUGUGUCAACCCCACUAUCUGUGUAUGACGCCC